CAGUAUUUAAAACAUAACUCUUCUUGCACUUGCUCUUUUUGUCCGAGCAUAAUGGCGUCUGGUUUGGUCGGAAGAGUUGUUGGAACGAACCCGUCGAGGGCAGCACGAUUGAUUCCGUCGCGUUGGACAUCAUCAAAAGCUGUCGUAGGAGCGAAACUGAAGACGUUCCAGAUCUACAGAUGGAAUCCAGAUUCUCCCGGGAAGCCUGAGCUCCAAGACUACCAGAUCGAUCUCAAAGACUGUGGCCCCAUGGUUCUAGACGCGCUCAUCAAGAUCAAAAACGAGAUGGAUCCGUCGCUCACUUUCCGCCGAUCGUGCCGAGAAGGCAUCUGCGGCUCGUGCGCGAUGAACAUCGACGGAUGCAACGGUCUCGCUUGUUUGACGAAGAUCGAGUCGGAGUCUUCGAAAGAGACGACGAUCACGCCGUUGCCGCAUAUGUUUGUGAUAAAGGAUCUGGUGGUGGACAUGACGAAUUUUUAUAAUCAGUACAAGAGUAUUGAGCCGUGGCUGAAGAGGAAGACUCCAGCGUCGGUUCCUGGGAAGGAGAUUCUGCAGAGUAAGAAGGAUAGAGCUAAGCUUGAUGGGAUGUAUGAGUGCAUCCUCUGCGCUUGUUGUAGCACUUCUUGUCCUAGCUAUUGGUGGAACCCUGAGUCUUAUCUUGGCCCUGCCGCUUUGCUCCAUGCCAACAGGUGGAUAAGCGACAGUCGAGACGGGUAUACUAAAGAAAGACUUGAAGCCAUUAACGACGAGUUCAAGCUCUAUCGGUGCCACACUAUCUUGAACUGUGCUCGUGCCUGUCCAAAGGGAUUAAACCCAGGGAAACAGAUCUCACACAUCAAGCAACUUCAGAAAUAAGAAUAACACAACAAUUCAAAUCGUGCAGUACUCAUUGGAAUCUCAUUUAUCAAUGGGGUUUUUUUUUUUUGGAGAUAAUAAAUCUGCAAGAAACGCUGAUUUCGGAAUAAUUCUUGUAUUGCUUUUGCAAACUUACAAAUAUCAGAACAGAUGAGUUUGCUUUGCCUUUAUAUUACUUAACAAAAGAGUUUUGCUUUGUUUUA